AAUGGUCUGGCCCGCGUUCGGUCGAGGUGGGCUGCAUCUGGCCCGUACCUGACUUGAGUUUGAGACCCCUGAUGUAGAGCGUUCAGGGGAUUUGAGACCCGAGGACACCUUAUUAAUGGGAGACACGACCAUCCCGUGUCUCGACAAUUCUCUGGUCAACAUCUCGUCCCUGAUGAACGGGGGAACGUUAGAGACCGUGACUCGGGUCGCUGGUGUGGCGAGAGGCAGGACGGGCACGAACGUCUCGUUCACCACGAUCCCCUUCUCCACCACCAUGUUGGCUUUGUCCACGCUGUCCAUGAACAUCACCACCGCGUUGUUCAUGCGGGCGGCGGACUUUACGCUGCCGUGACCGACCAUCUCCCCCACGGCCAGGCUGCAGUCCUCCACCGAGCACGGGAAACCGGAAUUUUAACGCCGUGCUUCCGCGUCAGUCGGGUCAGAUCCAUGGCGGCGUUUAGCACGCCGACCAGCGCGAGCCGAUCAGCCGCAAAAAACGCGCACUGCACAAACACAGACCUCUAAAAACCAAGUCCACACAAACUACCUACGUUCCCACAUUAACUAGUGGAAAUACCCACACGGAAAAACGGUAUCGCUCUCAGCUCCACGCUCCGUCACUCAGAGAGAGAGAGAGAGAGAGAGAGAGAGAGAGAGGCCGCUUCUACGUACAUUGUUUUUAUUUUAGUCUUUUACGAUGUUUUUCUUAAUCAGCAUCCAUCACAGCAAUUGCAAAGACUGCCGUAGCAUCACUGAGCCCAACAAUCCAACGCACGACCUCGCGGGUCGGAAGCCCGAAGCCACGAGAACACAACCAGUUGUGUGUGUGUGACUGUGUGUGUGUGUGUGUGUGCCUGUGUGUGUGUGUGUGUGUGCCUGUGUGUGUGCCUGUGUGUGUGUGUGUGCCUGUGUGUGUGUGUGUGUGCCUGUGUGUCUUUGCAUGUGUCUGCAAGAGGUAGAUGAGACAAAGCUGCUCUAAUGUGAUUUAUUUUGUUCGCGCUCAUCGUCUGAAAGCACAAAGAUCCGCCCUAACGGACCGAGACAGAACCAGAGUGGACUCCCAGGUCCGAGCUCCUCCUCCGCGUCCGGUCGCGCCACAAAGAGGAAGUGGUUUGGUUUGUUUACUCUCUGGAGUCUCCGCUGUGAUAAGUUAAAGCAGCAUUUUUUGUUUUUGUUGUACUGAACUUGAUGGGGAAACACCUCACUCCUUUGUGGUCAUGUGACCUUUUAGCUCUGUCGACCAUCAGCAGCAUGUAGCCGUGCAGAAGAACGGGACGUCACGUCAACGCAACACUGAUGCAACCGGCACCAGCAGGCAGCGCCGGAUGCAUCCAUUGUUAGACGGACUCGGGUCAUCGGCUAGGUGGGCGUCGCCCAAACGGCGCUCCACUGACCUCCAUAAAGGCCGUGCACACAGGUGGAAUAUCCGUCGUGUCUUCUGUGGUGCGAUCUGGAUCAAGUGUACACUUCAGGUGCGAACCUGCAACAAAUGGUUAACCACGGAGAUAAGAGCGGGGCGAUAAGAAUGAUGAAGUGGAGCGUGAACAGGUCACCCGAUGACGGCCCGGUGUUGCCACAUCAAACACUGGUGUUCUGUAAACACCCGUCGACUGCAGCAGGACAGCGUUCCCUCCAAGCACGUCCUCCGGCAUGCAGCUGUAACGUGGAGCCGUAACGCACCCCGACUUGUGCGCCGUUGCGGAUCGUCUUGUUAGGGUUUUCUUCUCUGAGGGGGACGGUCAGGAAGGAUGAAGCGCUCCUGUGUGAAGCACCUGAAAACUCUGGUGAUAAGUCUCAACUUCCUGUGCUGGCUGUGCGCCGCCUUCACGGUGGCCUUGGGCGAGUUCCAGAUGAUCAACUCCAAGUUCUCCUCCCUCAUCACCACCUUCUGGCCCAUCUUUCCCGCCAACACCGUGGUGGCCACCGGCACCAUCAUUUGCUGCGUGUGUUACCUGGGAGUGAUGGGGGCCAUGAAGGAGAACCGCUGCAUGCUCGUCAACUUCUUCGUCCUGUUGUUCAUCCUGAUGCUGGUGGAGUUGGCCAUGGCCUGUGUCUUCCUGGUCUACAGCAGAGAGAUCCACACGUACUUUGAAGAAGACCUGACGCGGAGCCUGGAGAUCUACAGAGAGUCGGGCUCAGAGAUCAACACCACCCUCAAAGAAGACUUCGAUGCCGUCCAGCACCUGUUCAGGUGCUGUGGAGUCCACGGUGUGGCAGACUGGAAAGGGGACGUGCCCAUCUCCUGUUGUAGGAAGGACCCCUGUGACCUCUUCACGCGCACCUACUGGGAAGAGGGUUGUCUGGUGAAACUGAGGGACUGGUUUUCAGGAAACUAUCGCAGCACAGGCGCCGGCGUCGCCGCCAUGUUCAUCCUGCAGUUUAUCUGUCUGUCCAUCACCGUCCCCCUCUUUUGCCUCCUCAGUCGACAGGGUUUGGGUUACAAGUGAAGCCAAUUGAAUCCGACCUCCUGUAUGUUGGCACAAUGCUGCUCCCUGUGUCACCUGUUUAUUAUUCCGCCCCAAAAAGAAACGGUCCUUCUUUGACAGCCGCCCAUCAUCACUAUUGGCUUUGUCCUGUGAUGUGAAUAAGAUGGAUGACAUGAUUCCUCAAAGCCCCCCGGAGGUCUGUUUCCCCAUGACUAUAGAUGACGUGAACUACUUUGUGGCACCUGCCCUUCCCAGUUCGUUCAACUUUGAAAGACAAACUGGUGUCGGACCGUAAGACUUUUUAACCUUAUUCAUUGAGUUUUCAAUAUUUUCCUCCAUUUUUUUAAAAUAGUUUUUUGAUUUCAAGAUAUUCGGUUAAUAAUAUGCCUGCGGUUCCAGACCCAUCUGGUUCCACUUAUCCAAUGUCUUAAUUCUUUGUUCAGACUUUGGUCUCUAAAUCCAAGCUUGGAUGACCAGUAUUUAAAAUAAACCUAAAAAAAUGUGCUUGUAACAGCAUUUUUAAAAUUAAUUGCUUCGUUUUUCGGGUGAUUCUGAUUCUUCUGAAAUAUCGGCCGCUUCCCGCUGUGCGAGGAAGCCACAAUAAUAAUCCUUGCCAUUGCUGUUUUAGGAAUUAAAAUCACAAACCACUUGGUAAGAUGUUAAUGUGUGAGGUAGCUUAACUGGUAUAUAUUAUGUAAUUUUUAUUUCUUUUUAAAAUGGAAACAUUAGUCAACAGAUUUUCAUAAUUUGUAAUAACACAGCAAUAGCCAAUGAGCGAAGUUUAGACAUUUACUUAUCUGUGUAUCAGUCUGUAUUACAGCCCAUGUUCUGUAUCGAGUUGAGAGUGAAACGUGAUUAAGUCAGUAAAGUUUUUUAUCGUAAAAAUACCACUGUAUCGUCUGAGUUUCCUUGGUGCUUCUGAUAAUAUUCCUCAUGAUGCAAAUAAAAUAAAAACUGUUUUGUCACAGA